AUGCUGGUAAAUGUAGUUACCAAAAGCGUCAAAAAUGGUGGAUGUUCAGCCUCCGCCUUUCCGAACCCUGGACGAUUUUGUGCUGGGUUCGGCCCGGUUCUCAGUGCCUGAUGUCCGAAACUUAGAUCGCUGGAACCACCGCAUCAUUAACAACCUGCUGUACUACCAGUCCAACUAUUUUGCCUCCGCCGUGGUAUUUCUGAUCGUGGUCGGGUAUUUCCAACCACUCCAGCUGAUUCUCGGGGCAACAGUUGUGAUCCUUCUGUUCUUGGGGUUUGUCUGGGUGGCUGAAAACAAGGCCGUAAUCCGGCGAUUCCGGAGAAAUCAUCCAUCGCUUGCCCUGGCUGCAAUUUUGGGCUCUAGCUACCUUCUUCUCUAUGUUUUAGGAGGGGUAGCUGUUUUCCUCUUUGGCAUUGCCUUCCCCAUUUUAAUGAUUCUUAUCCAUGCUUCAGUGAGACUCCGGAGCCUUAAGAAUAAACUGGAGAAUAAGCUGGAGAGUAUAGGAUUGAAGAGGACUCCUAUGGGUCUGCUGCUGGAGGCACUGGGACAGGAACAAGAGGCUGGAUCAUAGCUGCAUUAACUAUUACAUAUUUGAGCUAUCGCUCACCCCUUCUGGAGCUUCUCGCGUGUCCUUAAAAUAUGUAUGGAAACAGAUAUUGGCAAAACAUGUAUGGCAUGUAGCUGAAGUCUCUCAGAAAUGUAGGAAGGGCCCAGUGGACAUGAUUUAAUUACGAUGCAGUAUAUGAAGGAUAGCCAAAAGUAGAGCAAGAAGUAAGAUUACAGGAUCAGCUGUGUAUAACUAUAGAUGCCCAAAUAUAAGAACAGCAAUAUAUGUAGGUUCACAUUUUUGCAUCAUUCUAUGGAUUUAAUUGUGCCUAUACUUUAUUCCAUCCCUAAAUGUGUUUUCUGUGAGUUUGAUUUUGUGGAUCGUGUUUAAAGGAUGUCUCUUUGCCAGUUUGUUACUUGACCAAAUAUAAUUUUUACUGAUUGUUUUGAGUUUUAUUUCAUGUUUCAAGUUGUGCCAUGCCACAAGUUCUUUGCACUCUUACAAAGUGCCAAGGUGAAGACUUCUCUGUCAUUGCAACACAAAAGAGUGAUCAAGAAUAUUAAUCAUGUUUCCAUUUAUGUGGAUUGCACAAAAUGUGUAUGUAUUUUUUGGCAAAAUGAUCGUAUUUUAAGGAGAGAUAUGAAGUCUAGUCAUAUACAUAUGCUAUCUAAGAAACAUUUAUCUUAGUAUCUUUGAAAGUGUAACCGAACACAGAUUUGGGUGAUUCAGAGAAAUUUGGCAUUAUGCUCAUUCUUACUUUGAGGUUUUUAAUAUGGUUGAAAAUCAUUGCUUAAUUGAUCAUUCCUUCAAAAAUGAAGGCAUUUGUAUUUCCUGCAUGUGUAAUGUUUACAACAUCAGCUGCCUUGAAUAUUCAGGAAAUGCUCGUCCAUUGCAAUGGUUAUAAUAAACUUUCAUAUAU